AGCGUCAUGGAUGCUCAGUUGAACGCGGGGAUCGAGAGUCGGUCACAUCGCAGGACUGGAAGCGGAGCUUGUGGGAUUUAUCAGACUCGUUGCUAAAUAGUUUAUCUGACUAAAGGCGUGACAACAUCCACACGGAUUGGAUCCGCACACAGAGACUGACGCAUCACCUCACCUCGGUGAAACAAAGCGUUUGUUUUGCAGAGCGCACUAGUGGAAUCAAAAUGUCAGAUGCAGCUAACGGUACCGGAGCGUACGGACGCCAAUAGAGCAUUGUUAUUGUUUUUAUGCUGACGGGUUUUCUGUGAACGUUUAGGUUCAUGCAUUUGAUUUCAAUUUCUUGAAAGAGCGAGUAAGUUGCGUGUGGACUUGGAUGGAUAGCAGGUGCAUGAACGCAUCACCUAUAAACCGCAAGAGCAAUGUAAUUCACUCGCGGUUUUCACGUUGCGUAUAAUAACUGAGGGUAAAUCAGCAUUUAUUUAAAUGCAUUGCAUUUUUUUUUUCGAUUGCAAUGCUUUAAGAUACCAGUCGCGUGAUGUUCAAAUUUACUGAAUCAACGCACCUACUCGAAAUACAUAUUUAAUUAAUUAAAUCUAAAGUGUCUUAUGUUUAUUUAGGAUUUCGUACAUUGCUACAGUUUAAUUCUCUCUGGAUUUGCUGUAAAAAAAACAAUUUGUUAGAAUUGCCUUAAAUUUUGAAUUUAAUUCAAAGUGGUGCCAAAGUCACUUGUAGCCCACAGUGACAGUCCACUGCACUUUUUGACCACUUCAAAGCGAAUUACUUAAGUUAAAUGAAUGAAAUCAAAUGUGUAAACAUUUUACAAUGCAUAAUAUGCACAUGUUAUGAUUUUGCAUUUGUUAACUGAGUGGUUUUAUUGUGAUCAUGGCUGUUUGAAAUAUCCCUGCAAAUCUAAAAUGUACUUUGCACCUCAUCCCAGAAAGGAGCUUCUUCUACAGUUUGUGAUUGUGUUGUUCAUUGUUAAUUAAAUACAAAAGCAUAGUGUUAAAAAGUUAGACUGGUCAUUUGAGCGAAAGCUUUAAAUCCAGAGGAUGAUCCUCUCUGGAGUGGCUGGACUGCUGUCAGAGCGGCUUUCACUAGAUUAACAACCCGCUGCUCUUUUCUUUGCCUGUACGCCUACAGUCGAAUCUCUUACUGGUACAUUGUCCAUCGUUACCUGUUUUUAAAACUUGUUUGUGCUAAAUGAGACUUAAAUGAAGUCACAAACAUUGACGUGGCUUGUAAAUCAUGCAUGAUGCUUCAAUAAGACUCAAGUAGAGUCAGAAUCCCAUUGGGGAAAUGCCAUCGUCUGUAAAGAGAGAAGCAGCUGACUUCUUUUUGUAAGAAGUGCCAAACCGAGAAGCAGCUGACAUGUUUUAAAUAUGACUUUGUGACUUAAGGAGUCUUUACUUUUGGCAAAGCAAGACUGAUUCGGCUGCUGUUUGGAGAAAUAUGACAUUGUGACUCAAAUUUAAGCGUGGUGAACUGAGAAGCAGCUGACACUUUCAUUCUGCUGCUGUUGCGGAUAUGAGAUUGUGAUACCGGGAGUUUAGCUGCGGCAAACCCGAACCUGAUUCUGCUGCUGCAAAUAUGACAUUGUGACAUCAGGAGUCGUUCUCUAAAGCGCCAGACUGAGGAGCGGCUGACACUCUCUUUUUGCUGCUGCUGCUGAUGAUGCUGCAGCUGCGAAAAUGCUGCGAUUCCCCGUGAAGAAGAUACGAAAGCAGUUCAAACUUCUGCUGCUGCUGGUGCUGCUCACUUUUGCCGUGUGGUUUACAUACCUGCACAUCAACCAGGGCAAAUCCAUCAAACUCCACUUCAACUAUGGAAAAGAUGGUGAGAGGACGAUGGAGGGAACCGAUACCAGCCGUAAGAGAGACUCACGUUCAUCAGACAAGUACCGCAAAAGCGAAGACACCAGCAACAGCCAGGAGGAGGAAAACGCACAGGAAGAUGAGCCCAACGCUGGCAGCAUUCAUGACAAAGAUCAAGCUGAAAUCCGCAAGUUCCUUGUACAGAAGUACAAAAAGUUGCCAUGGAAACCAGAGUUUAAAGGCCAAGCGAAUCUCCAUGUCUUUGAAGACUGGUGUGGCUCCUCAGUCGCUCAGCUCAGGAAGAACCUGCAUUUUCCUCUCUACCCCCAUACAAGAACUACUGUGAAGAAGUUGGCUGUGGCUCCAAAAUGGAAGAACUACGGCCUGAGAAUCUUUGGAUACAUUCUACCGUACAAAGAUGGUGAUUUUCAGUUUGCAGUUUCUUCAGAUGAUAACUCCGAGUUCUGGUUGAGUUCUGAUGACAGUCCUCUCAACGCCCGUCUGGUGGCCUAUGUGGGAAAGCUGGGAUCUGAAUGGACGGCACCAGGAGAGUUUACGAAGUUCAGAUCUCAGGCAUCCAAGUCUGUGCAUCUCAUGGCCUCCAGACGAUACUACUUCGAGAUUCUCCACAAGCAGGACGACAAAGGCUCAGAUCACGUUGAAGUCGGGUGGCGCCCUUACCUGCCAGGACUCAAGUAUGAGGUCAUCGAUUCCGCCUACAUCUCCUUGUACACAGAUGAGAGCAAUUUGAAGAUGAACCAUGUGGAUCACAUUCCUCAGACACUGGCCAGCCAUGGCCCCGUCCCAGCAGAGACCCACACUCGCAGCCAACACGGCGCCGAUAUGCUGCAACCGGACCCCCGCGACACCUUCUUCAACAUUCCCAUGAUUGACCCCACUCAUCUUGAAAAUGUGCUGCCCGCCUGUCUCUACUCGCCAACAUAUGUGGUCAAAGACUUCCCUAUCGCUCGCUACCAAGGCCUACAGUUUGUCUAUCUUUCUUUUGUCUAUCCCAAUGACUUCACCCGCCUCACCCACAUGGAAAGAGAAAACAAGUGCUUCUAUAGAGAGUCACCCAUCUAUUUGGAGAAGUUUGGCUUCUAUAAAUACAUGAAGAUGGAUGAGGAGGAAGAUGACAGGCCAUUCUUCUUCCCUAAUCCUGAUGAUUUUCUUGAAGAAGAAGAGGGGGCAGAUCCAGAGGAUGAAGCACAAGUUGUUGGCACCCAGUCAGCAAAGAAAAUUGUCCAACCUAGCCAGUCAAGUCACACAUCAAGCCCGUCUGAUAAACCUGUUCCUACAAUUCCAGAGAAAAAAGAGGUAGAGCCGGACAACCCAGCUUUUAGGAGAGAGCAAAGGCGCUUUUUCUCGAGAGCAAGGCUUGGGUCUGAAUCUCGCAAGAUGGACCAAGACACUCUGAACCAUCAGGCUAAAGUAGGGUUACCAAAAAGUGAGAAUGUGGUACGAGGUCGUUCUCUCACUUGGGUUCAAAGAGAGCGCCGGGACUUCAAAGAGGGUUGGUCAGAAGAUCAUUCACCGAAAAUAAGCAGAUCAGCUUUGCUUUUCCCACCAAAAUCCUCAUUGGUGGCCCUCAAUAGUCGAGCCAAGCAAAUCCUUAGCAGUCCUGCCCACACUGUACCUUCCCCAGGUAACAACCAUGCUCAUGACAACAGCCACAAUCCUGGAAACAUCCACACCAACAAGGAACGCAAGAAGGAGGACAACAAAAUCUAUGUCACGAGACCUCGCCCUGCUAAGGAGAAGCAAAGUCCCAUUUCACGCCAACCCAGAGAGGUCUUCCCUGGUGUUUUCCUGUACCAGAACGGCAAAACCACAAAGCUGGUGAACCUCAGUGCCAAACCAAAGCUCAGCAAAGGAGCUCUGCGUGCAUCCCAGUUAUUUGCACGAUCUCCUCUGCAGGAUAACAAGGUCUUUCCAGCGAGUCCUAACUUCAGCAAGCCAGCUGAAAAUCCCAUGGCCCCAAACAGAGCAGCAAUCCCAAGUCGCUUUGAGAGAAGAAUACGAGGUGUCUGGGAAAAACACCAGCAUCCUUUGAAGUCCAUCACAACUGCUCGACCACCUCCUGCUCCCACCCCUCCAUCCGCUAACUCCUCUGAGAACGUGCUUCCGACCGAGCCUCUCCGUGUCACUUCCUACUUGCACACCUCUGAGAUUACGGAGUCCCAACAGCAGCGGCCAGACACGGACCCAGAACCAGAGGAGGAUGGAGGACUAUCGGAGUAUAGCUAUGAGGAUGUUGAACCUCGCCCUGGGUGGGCGGAGGAGGCUAUUAAUUGGCAGAGGACGUUUUCCGUCAAUAGCAUGGACUUUGAGACAUUGCGCUCUGACUGGAAUGAUCUUCGGUGCAACGUGUCUGGAAACCUGCAGCUAUCUGAGAGCGAAGUGGUGGACGUACUCGCGCAGUACAUGGAGAAACUCAAUGAACGCAAUGGAGGGAUUUACACUCUCCUCCGCAUCAUAAACGUGGAAAAGCGGCGUGACUCUGCACGCGGUAACCGCUACCUGAUAGAGCUGGAGCUAAUGGAGAGAGGCCGUAAAGUGGUCCGUCUCUCCGAGUACAUCUACAUGCUGUUGCACCGUGGCAGGGUAGAAGACAGUCUGGAGAAUAUGGAAGGGGUCACAGCAUCAUCCCCCUCUUCCCCUGUCGCCAGCCCGCCUGCUCCACCCUCCCGCACACCUACCCGCGGGGCCCACGGCACCCCACAGUGGGGCACAGUGUAUGCCAAACCCCUGCUGUGCCAGCCAGUGAUGCUGCAGUGGAAAAAGGACGUCAUGGUGCAUUUUGUGGUACCAGUGAAGAAUCAGGCUCGCUGGGUUCAGCAGUUCAUUUCAGACAUGGAGUUCCUGCACCGUGAGACCAAGGACAACAACUUCAACAUCAUCAUUGUGGACUUCCAGAGUGAAGACAUGGACGUGGAACAGGCUCUAAGAGAAAGCUCCGUUCCACGAUAUGAGUAUCUGAGGAGGGAAGGAAACUUUGAACGUUCUGCAGGGUUACAGAUCGGUGUGGACACCAUAGAGGACAGUCACAGUAUUGUGUUUCUGUGUGACCUGCAUAUUCAUUUCCCUCUGAACAUCCUGGAGAACAUCAGGAAGCACUGUGUGGAGGGUAAACUGGCCUUUGCUCCUAUAGUCAUGAGACUGGGCUGCGGCAGCUCACCGCAGGAGCCUGACGGUUACUGGGAGGUAAAUGGCUUUGGCCUGUUUGGGAUCUACAAAUCAGAUUUUGAUAAGAUUGGUGGGAUGAACACAGAGGAGUUUAAGGACCGCUGGGGAGGAGAAGAUUGGGAACUACUGGACAGAGUUCUACAGAACGGUCUGGAGGUCGAGCGUUUAAGACUGAGAAACUUCUUUCACUACUAUCACUCUAAAAGAGGCAUGUGGAACUCACAGUCCAGUAAAACACCUAAAGGAUAAAACCGAACCUCAUUGAGAGACUUCAAACAAACUCGACACGAGAACGGGACCUUAAAGGACCGAACCGUUGUGUCUCUGGGACCCUUUCGUGAGGCCCGUCUCACAUAGGACGACCCGUGACGCUGCCAAGCUGCUGUCCAAACUCAACACUCGAAAGAGACACAAAGACUCUCAUUCACUGAGUGUAUUUGUAUGUAUCUCUGUCUGUUAAGUCAGGAGUUCCUUUGUUUAUAAGCUAAACGUGAGUGAUUACUGAAGAUGGAAAUGGAAAUUGUUUCAAUUUUACUCCAAACUAGCAGCUCAGGCACUUUGGGUCACAUAAAUAUGGUUUGCACUUACGAUAUUACAUGCUGAAAUGAUUGCCUAAAGGUUUAGAUGUGCGCUGGUACUUAGACGUCUGCUUUUACAUAGAUGUAAAUGUCACUUCCUGUUCAGACGUGACGCCUUCUUACACUUGAACUGUAGAAAUGAACUGAAAUGUGGCCACUCGUGGCAGCCAUGUGGCUUUUCCUUUCUAAAGUCCUGCUGAACUUCUGGACACGACUGGACCAAGAACGGCCUGCUGAGCUAUGAAAUUAAAUUUAUUCGUCUUUGUAUUUGUCUGUACGUCUGAGCUGCUUCCUUUCCGCGUUUCCAGUUGAUUUCAAAAGAGGUUGAGUGUUUAUUGGCUAGUUUCACAGAUGCAGAAGAAACCUUUCAGACUGCUGUUUUAGUCUGGGCUUUAGACUAGACGUAAUCUCCGUCCCAUUGAUGCAGUAUUCAUUUAACGGUAGGAAAAAAUGUUCUCCAGAAGCUGUGUGCCUUUCUUUGACGUAUUUAACAUGGCAGUCCAUACAGGGUUACGAAGGAGUCCUGAUAUUUAUCUGUCUGGAUUGUGCAAGUCCCUAAAUAGCAUUGUUUUAUGGAGAUAAAUGAACAGUAGAAACGUUUUAGGAAGAUUGUAAAACAAAUCUGAUAGCUUUUUUUUAAGUGAAUUUGGACUUGUCCAAACGUUUCACUAUCAUUUGGUUCAUUUUUAAAGAAAUGUUUAAUGUUUUCGUCUCUCUCAAAAGUGGAUCUUUUACCACAGAAAGUAAGUUUGACUCUUACGGUUUGUACAGACAAACAAAAAUUGCGUUUAAAGGCCGUAAAACAGACGUAUAUGGUGCAAGUAGGAAGUAAACAUAACAUUUUAGAUGUUAACAUGACACAAACGUGGUAAAAUUAAUUAUUUCAAGCGCUGUAAAAACGGUAUAAAGACGACAGUAAAAAUGGCGGGUUACGCAACGGAAAAGAACGUAAGGUAUUCGCGAACUACUGUUUACAUAAAGAAAAUCCACCUUUGUCGGUAUUUAACCGCCUUAAACUUUAGGUCCAUAGUUGUUUAGACAACUUCACAGCUCAAAUUUUAUACGAAAAUCGUUCAAAAACAAAUAAAUACCGCUGUAGUUUCAGUGUUUACAUCGAAUAUCUUGCUCCACAGACUUCCGCUGUAAACGCGUUAGUGUAAAUGCAAUUUUUUCAAACUAGACAACGAGUCAAAAUGAUUUUCUGUGAUAAUCGUCAGCAUUUUGUUUGACUACCGAUAUAUCUGAAAAGCCUGUAGAUGAAAACAAAGUUCUACACUGACACCGGCAGCUUUUUAAAUGGUGUAAGCUAUUCUGUCAUUUAUUUAAACGCGGUAACGACCAUGUUUACAAGCUGGCAAACGGUUUUGAUGUUUUGAUUCCAUAUCAGAAAUACCGAAAGUGAUCAGACCAACUUUUGUCAUUUUGAAACCUCACCUUUUUAAAAGAGGAGCCUAAAUUAUGUUUCUCCUCCUGGUUGGAUCUUCAGGCUGCCUAUUUAAAACAAAACGAAGACAGGACACUAAUACAUUACGUUUAAUACAGGGAUCUGCAUUACAAGGUAAUUUCUGUGAAAUUGUUGUGUAGAAUUUUUUCAGAAUGUUUGCAUUUUACUUUAACAUUUUUUGGGUUCAUUUUUUUCUGAAAAAUAAAGUUUAAAGUUGAA